CACGGGCUCCAUCCCCCCCCCCCCUCACCCCCUUAUCGCAGCCCCGAGGGCGGCCGGAUCCUGCCCCCUGUCCUUCCCCCCCCCCCGCAGGUCCUCAAUGAGUAUUUCCACAACGUCUGCGAGCUCGACCUGGUCUUCAACUUCUACAAGGUCUACACGGUGGUGGACGAGAUGUUCCUGGCCGGCGAGAUCCGGGAGACCAGCCAGACCAAGGUGCUCAAGCAGCUCUUGAUGCUGCAGUCGUUGGAGUGAGCGCCCCCCCGCCCCCCCUCUGGCCUUCCUCCUCCUCCUCCUCUGAGGGCCGGAGCCGGGGGGCCGCGGGGGAGGGGGGGCUGCGGGCUUCCCGCUGUGCGAAUGGAACGGGGAGGCCCCCCCCACCCCACCCCCCCGCACCGUGCCCCCAUCCCCCCGCCCCACGAGGGACCAGCCCCUGCCGUCGUCUUGUGAAUAAACGUGGCUGUGACG